AUGUCGAAGGAGCUGCAGUUGCCGGAGAGUUUUGUUAGGUUUUUAGAGGACAAUGGCAUUGAUCCUUCAAUCUAUAAUCACGGAGAUUCACUUCCACGCUAUGUAAGGUUGAAACCUGGGUUCGAGGAUGCUGUCCAAGAGAUUGAAUCUGAAAUUAACUGCAAGCUGGAGCAGCUGAAUUGGUUACCUGGAUUUUACUCCAUUCCUCCACAUGUUCACAUAGCCAGAUCCAAGGCUUAUCAGCAAGGCAAGAUGUAUGGAAUAGACGCAGCUUCAGGUGCUGCUGUUUCAGCUCUUGGUAUCUCCCCAGGAGACCAUGUCUUGGAUCUUUGUGCUGCUCCUGGUGCUAAACUGUGUAUGAUGCUAGACCUACUGGGUGACAAGGGUUCUGCAACAGGUGUCGAUGUUGCAAGGCAUCGCCUCUCUGCCUGCAGAACAAUGCUUCUAAAAUAUGGUCUCGGUGAUAGGAGUCGUCUUUUCCUUGCUGAUGGAACUACUUUCUCACUUCCACCUACCACAAACCUCCCUUGUGGCUCUUGUGAUGAAGAAACAUUUAAGCAGUGGACUUCUCGUAGACCUUACAAAGAAAGGAAACAAGUAGCCAAGACCAGGAAUAACCUUGUCUUGCCGCAUGGUGGACAGCCGGAGAUUAUUUUUUACGGACACAAUUCUGGAGUUAUAGGGCUACAAAAGAAGGAGCUUUUUAGAUCCCUUGCCCCUAAUGAUUUUGCAUUUUGUGGGUAUGACAAGGUUCUUGUAGACGCAGAGUGCACACAUGAUGGUUCAAUCAAGCAUAUCCACAAGUUUGAGCAAUGGGGUUGGACAACGUUGGAACGCCGUGUACUGGAUGCUGAGAGAACCGAGGCAAACUUGACUGCUCUUCAGUUAAAUCUACUGAGAAAUGGAUUCAGAUUGUUGAAACAAGGUGGCAUUCUUGUAUACAGCACCUGCAGUUUGACGCAUGCCCAAAACGAAGAUGUGGUGGAUCAGUUCCUUGCUGAAAGCUCCUCCGCAGAGCUGCAGGAGAUUGAAACGGCCAAGGAAUGGCCGUGUAGAAGUGGCCGCACUCCAAAAACAUUGCGCUUCGACCCUUCCACCUCAGCAACCAGCGGCCUCUUUGUUGCGAGAAUCAAGAAAAUGGCACCCAGAGAAGCAGAGAAGAAUGUGUUGUGA